UCGUGUGGCGAAGCGGUCAGUGACGAAGAUUCUCUUUUCCCAAAUAGUGCAUUUGUGUCCUGCGCUCAUUCAAGGAGUGAUUUUACUAUUCUUAUAUUCCUACCAAGUAAAUUCUAGAGCCAUGGAUUGCAGGGUUUGCUACAACCCCUUCGACGACAAGGACUAUCGUCCAAGGAACCUGGGGUGCGGCCACUCCUUCUGCACCAGCUGCCUCAAAGGCAUCCACUACGGGUCAACGCUGGAGUGCCCCGAGUGCCGCCACGAGCAGGAAGUCGAGGAGGUCGCCGCCCUGCCCGUCGGCUUCGGCGUCCUGAGGGCGGUGGAGGCGGCGCGCGGCGAGAUCUCGACCCGCAAGGACGAGGAGCAGGACGAGUGGGAGGCGCCCUUGUUCAUCCUCCCGAAUCGCAAGAAGGACCUGCAGGAGGGCGGCAAGGAGAGCCUGGAGAACGAAGGGGCGGCCGAUCUGGAGGCCCUGAAGAAGUCCUAUCGCAACGUCCUCUGGUCCAGGAUCUACUUCUGCGGCGAGAAACUGGAGGAGCUGAAGGACUACGAGCGCGUCCUCGGAGAGGUCUCGGCGAACGUCCGGCGACACGUGCAAUGCCUGAAAGAAGAUCCUGCAGAGUCGACAGUCCGUGACCCAGUCCCUGCAGGAGGAGGCGGAGAGGUGCCAGAAGGAGCAGGAGUCUAUUGAAGGAAGGAAGAAGGAACUGUUUGUUCGCAAGGAGCAGCUCGACGGCGCUUCCGGUUUAGAGGACACGGAGGACUUCCGUUCAGAGGAGUAUGUCGACCGCCUACACCGCCUUAACAACUUCCUGAAGAUGGACAAGGAGGCCCUGGAACAACUUCGCUCCUUCACCACACACAUGUGUAGAAAUGAUAAACGCCUGCGCAGGGUUCUCGAGCCGUUGGACGUGCCGGGAUCUGACCUCGUCCAUCUCUUUGAAGACACGCUGAAACUAAACUAACUCACGUGAACUAAUGAUUUUAACAAACGAGUCUCGUAUCUACAACUUGAAGCUUUAAUGGAUGUGAACGUUAACUCUACUGUACCACAACUUAUUUCAGAUUCAACAGGACAUGAAUUAUUGAUGCGCCUAAGUAGGUCAAAUUACAAUGAUUCUUAUAAUUUGAACUGCAUUAUCCGCAUUAGGGGGAGCGUCACGUAAACCAGUCUUAGUGAAACACACACACACACACACACACACACACACACACACACACACACACACACACACACACACACACACACACACACACACACACACACACACACACACACACACAAAACUUAGAUAGUUUGUAUAAAUAUAUUUUGCUAAAGAUCUUGUAAUUUUGUAAAGUCUCAUCUAGGUUUAUACACUGUUUUUCUUGAGUUAAGUCGUUAAUAGUGUUGACCAACCACAGGCAAUGAUAUUAGUUCUGUACAGUAAAUCUAGUCACAAGUACAUGCAUAUGUCAAAACUGUGAUGCUUUUUUAUGCAAUGAAAAAGAAUAAUUAUGUGCUUGCCUCUCCAUUUUUAUCUGUGAUAUCUUCUUAUCUCGCCUAUAUACAACUGUUUCAUUGUGAUAAUUAAUAAAGACUAUUUUUAUA